GAAGCACAUGUCGUAAUGUCUGUAUUAGCACCGUUGGAUUCCAAGAAGCUUGUAGAAGCCCUCUUAAGUGAUCUGCGACAGUUAUCAACUGAGGCGAAGAAGAAACAUAACCAUGUGAAAGAGAGUCACUUAGACAUACUGCCAGUUGGCUGCAAAGACCUUGAUUUGCAAUUUCGUACAUAUCGAUCGCUUUGCUCUGGCCAGAAACGGCAGGAAGCUGCCGAAUCAGGGGUUGUGAGAGUCCGUAACAUCAGUACUGCAUCUGGCGAGUCAAAUCUUCUAACGAAUCUUCGGGCAGCUAGUAAUGAGCUACUCCAUCCUCUUAUUCUCGCAUGUGCUACACGUCAAACAAAACUUGUGCAAAUUGCUUUACAAAGCAUCCAGCGACUAGUCCAACAUCGUGUGUUAGAAGCCAGUUGUGCCAAUGUUGUUGUUAGUGAACUCUGGGGUCUCGUCGAAGUGGAGUGUGAAGAACUUCGAGUUCUCCAGACCGUACCUCCUCUGGUAUCGGCAGACCUGCUUGUUACUGGAAAUUCUCUAGCCAAGUGCAUUGUUAUGUGUUUCCGUAUGCAUUUUGCAAAGGAUCCAGUUGUAAUCAAUGCUGCUUCGGCUGCAGUACGACAGCUUGUAGGAUGUGUCUUCGAACGUGUCAUUCAGGAGGACGGCGUUUUCAACAAUGCAGAGUUGACCGUAGUGGCUUCUUCUGGAGGAAGACCGUCGCCGCGAUCUGCGCCCCCCACUCUUCGGCCAUGUGCUGCUGAUGCAUACAUGUUAUUCAAAGAUUUAUGCCUGCUCAUUAACGCUAAGCCCAGUAUUUGGCUGUUAGGGAUUCACGAAAUGACUCGUACGCUUGGACUAGAGCUUAUUGAAUCAAUUUUGAAGAGUUAUCCAGAUUGCCUCAUCAUGACCAUUCAGCAUCCCGAGUUUUGCGACUUGUUAAAGUCCGAAGUUUGCCCACUGGUCAUCAAACUAUUCUCUCCAAGUUUGAAAUCGGCACAUGUUUCUUCUCAGCAUCCGUCAUCUCGUUCUUCGUCUUCUCAGAAUGCGCCUACCGAUCGACCUUAUUUCCCUAUCGCGAUGCGUCUCGUACGGAUUAUACUUUGCCUCAUAUCAUUGUACCAUCAGUUGCUGCCCACUGAGUGUGAGAUAUUCCUCUCUUCCCUUAUGAAAUUCGUAGAUGUUGAUCGAAGAGGGUGGCAGCGUGCGCUAUCACUCGAGGCUCUUCAUCGUGUCAUUGUGAGACCCGAUAUAGUCAGAUGGCUUUGUGAAAAUUUUGAUGCUCGCUCGAACUCUACAAAAGUUUUGGAGCAUCUGACGAGCAGCAUUUUUAGUGUGGUUCAACAGAGCUUUACUCCUACGAAACUGACAUCUGAUGUUGAUUUGGAACUUGAUAUCAGCCAACCAAGGAACUCAUCCGGAUUUUAUUUCUCCAAUGUUUGGCAUCCUUAUGUGGAGCAGCUCUCUUCAAAAAAAUCUUUAUUGUUAGACAGUUUGGAACGUCACGAAGCUGGAACGAUCCCCGAUGGCUACGUGGUAUCGCGAAUAACUUCUGUCUUGGCUGACUUCAUCCAAGCUAUAUAUGCUGCUGUUGAUGCAUUAUGCUUACAAGAUGACGGCAGCGAUAGAAAUAACAAUCACGUAGCCGAGGCUAUAUUUACUAGUUGUCAACCGAAUUUGUUGGCGGCAUUGAGUAUGCUUACCGAUGAGACGGUGACUGACCAAUUAUUGUGUGGAUUGUCCACUUUGAUGUCUGUAGGCUGCAAACUGAAAAUGCCGUCAGCUAGCUUGAAUUGUCUUUACGUGUUAUGUUGUGCAUGUCUGCCAUCAGUAAAUUAUCUGUAUUUGUAUGCUGCUUUUGAUGUACCAAAAAAUACAGGUGAGAAUUUUUUUUUGUUUAUUCUCUAAUU